AUGAGCUAUCCGAUCAUCAAAUUUUUUAUCAGGAACAAUAACGAUUUUGAUCUCAAAAUAAUACCUCAGCGAGACUUCUCGGAACAGAACACAAUGCUUGUACCGCAAUCAAUUGCCUUGCUUUUGCUAGCUUGGCUAAGUGCAGUAGAUGCCCGCAGAAAUGUCAUUAAGCCCAAAGAGACAACAACGACGUCUGAAAUUCCAAAACCAUGGCUUCGUACUAUUUACUCUGGCCAGAAAGAGGUAGUCACACCCACAGUAAUCGCUGGAGUGACCUUUUCUGCGAAGCCACUAGCGACUACUAAUGGCUUAGAGCCUUGGAUUUCGCUUGACCAGUUUGGUAGUCCAAAAACUAAGAGACCCCAGAUCAAGGGCGCGAAAACAAAAGAUGCACGUCCGGAUUAUAGCACUUACUUCAAAACUGUUGCCACCAGGACUUUAUCUUACGACGAAUUGAAGGCGCAUAAUAUGGAGGAAGACGAGGUCUAUGAAGAGGAAGUAUUUACCGAUGAGGACGACACAUAUGUUUCUCUCAAUCCAAUAAUACGUUGUACUCCAGACCGCUACUUCAAAAAGGGCCCAGCGGGCGACAUUUCAAGCGAACCUUUCUGCACGCCAAAAGAAAACAAGGAGUUGAAGGUGGACAACACAUACUUUGUGUCGUGGUACACUAAGUUUUUCCAGAAACCUGAUACUGACGAAACGAUUGAGAAUGUACAGCUGCACUUAUUCUACGUCAAAGAAAGUAUCAAGGACAAAGGGCUUAAGAAAAGAGAUUUGAAAGCGGCUUUUUUCAGCUCUGGGUGGCUUAAGAACGUUGAUGGUAUUUACCCUCUAGAACUUACGGCAGACUUUCUAGACGGAGCUUACGAUAGGAAAGUGCUGCUUGCAAUUCAACCAGACAACAUACGAGAUGAUGAGUUCAAUCCUUGGGAACACUAUGUUCUAUUCAGAAUGAUCAUGGGGCCUCGAGUUGCCAAAACCACCAAGCAACAGAAGGCUCUUCAGGACGCUGGUAUCUCUGAUGACACAUGGUAUUACGUUGCCUUAUCCAUUCCUACUGUUGUGGUCAUCGCAUGCGUUGCCAUGUACUUCUUCCUAUACCUGAACAGGAGCCAUCGUGACAUUCACAAUGUCAAGGACUUUGCCAUUAACCAGAGGCGCCGUGUCCUUGGCAAGUUCAAGGAUUUCAAAAAGUACAAGAAGAUUAACAAUCGCCCAUACAGCGAGCUCCCAACUCAUACCAAGAAAACUGGUAAACAAAACUGA